AAAACUUUGAGAAUUUUCCCAGAAUGAACAUUAGCAACUAUUCUUAGUCUGUAAAUUCCUGCAGCUAUACCCUUUCAGCAUUUUCCUCACUACUGAUGUCAUUAGAGCAUCAGGACCAGGUCAAUUGAAUGGAUGAGCACUGGGAACAGACAAGGUAGGGUAAAGUGUGGGAAAAUACUUGUCCAUAAUCGACAAAGAGUCUCGGUUCUAGAUUCAAAGUUCAAAGAUUCUCCUUAUUUUUUCUUUCUUUUUUUUUUUUUUUUUUAUCCUUAUAAUUUCAUAUUUUAUAGUAUACUCUCAUAGGAUGUUUGUCAUCAUUAAUGUUCCUUGAACAUACUGUGCCUUGACUCACACAUUUCUUAAGAGUUUGGCAGACUGAUUGCAACCGUCCAUAAUAAUAAACAGUCUCAAAAACGUGGUGAAGACUUUAGCUUCCCAAUAUUUUAUUCAACUUCUCUGAUUUUCCAGCAGAUUUAAUUUCCUAUAAAUCUACCAAUUUUCUUCAUGCAUAUACAUUUACAUCUAUAUAAGAGGUGUUUGAAUAGUAUCAUCCAGUCAGUUAUCCUCUCUUGUUGACAUUCUAAUAGCAUUUUACUUGAAUAAAAAACAAAAAUUGAAUCUUAGGCAAAUGGAUUCUCAACUUAUGGAGGCAAUAAGGAGCAAUGAUGUAUCCACAUUCAUCAACUUAUUUCGAGAAAACGAAGGAAUUCUUGAGCAAAAAUCAGUUUGCUUGAACACAGCCUUACACUAUGCAUCGAUGUUUGGACACAUUGACAUAGUCUCAGAAAUUAUCAAGUUGUAUCCUGAUAUGAUUGCUGCUGAGAACAAAGACAUGGAGACUCCAUUUUAUGAAGCUUGUCGCCAAGGGAAUGUCAACGUAGUAAAGCUGCUAUUGGAAGCUAAUCCCAGUGCAGCUUUUAUGCUCAACUCUGAAAGGAGGAGUGCAUUCUUUGUGGCUUGCAGUCAUGGCCAUCUCGACGUGGUGAAUCUCCUACUGACUCAAUCUGGAUUGCUGGAUUUAGAGGAAGCUGGGCUUGACCUGACUUGUAUACAUAUAGCUGCAUCCAGAGGACACUCAGAUGUUGUUAGAGAGAUACUGAACACGAACCCCAACUUUACCAAAAAGAUGGAUGAGAAAGGGAAUUCACCAUUGCAUUACGCUUGCAAUGGGGGGCACAGGGAGAUAACCUGGAUGCUCCUUAGGCGUGAUCCAAAUCUUGCUCUUCAAUAUAACAACAACGGUUACACAUCCCUGCACUUGGCAGCAAUACAUGGUGAAAUUUCAGUCCUUGAAGAAUUUGCAUCAAAGGCUCCUGCAGCUUUUCAUUAUCUCACUAAAGAGGAGGAAACAAUCUUUCAUUUGGCUGUGAGAUAUGGCAAAUAUGAAGCUUUAAUGUUCUUGUUGCAUUCCUCUAAUAGUACAAAUAAUCUUCUUCAUUGUCAAGAUCGAUAUGGCAACACAGUUUUACAUCUUGCAGUCUCUAGAGGGCGGCAUCAGAUUGCAGAGUUCUUGAUCAAGAAAACAAAAGUGGAGGUCAACUCUCGGAACUGUAAAGGUCUCACAGCACUUGACAUUCUUGACCAGACAAAGGAGAGUGCAGAAACUCAGCAUCUUGGGGCCAUAUUGACAAGAGCUGGAGGAGAAAGAAGCAUUGAUGUGAUAACUUAUUCACCAGAAACGUUAUCUCCAGGGGAAAGUUAUGUUUUUGAAUCAGACAUGUCCAUCACGAACGAAAAUGGUUUCUCUUCUUUGCCAGAGACGGCCUUCAAUCAGCAAAGGAGCCAAAGCAAGGACAAAAGGUCACCAUCCCAAAAGUACCAAGGCCAAGAGAGAUUCAACAAUGAAGCAAGCAAUUUGCAAAAGCACAAGAGUCCCAGUAAAAGGAACUUGGUAGAACUACCAAUAGGCCUUUCCAAAAACUGCCAAUUCAAGCAGCAUAAGGUAUACAGAGAGGCACUACAAAAUGCCAGGAACACAAUCAUACUAGUUGCUAUUUUGAUUGCCACAGUCACAUUUGCAGCAGGAAUAAGCCCUCCCGGUGGUGUUUAUCAGGAGGGAUCGAUGAAAGGGAAGUCGAUGGUGAGCACAACAACAGCUUUCAAGGUGUUUUCAAUAAGCAAUAAUGUGGCAUUGUUCACAUCUCUGUCCAUAGUCGUUGUCCUUGUGAGUAUCAUCCCCUACAGAAGAAAGCCUCAGAUGAGACUAUUGGUGGUCGCUCACAAGGCGAUGUGGGUGGCUGUGGCAUUCAUGGCGACAGGUUAUGUUGCAGCCACAUGGGCCAUCCUGCCUCACAGCAAGGGGACUGAUCUCUUGCUUGUGGCAACGCUGUCUUUAAGCGGUGCAACCCUGGGGGUCAUUUUUAUUGGUCUUGGUGUUCUGCUAGUUGAUCACAGGGUCAGGAAAGUGAAGUGGAGAAAAGUGAGAAUUGGAAGGUGGGGAUUUGCUGAUGCAGAAUUGGAAAGCCAGAAUUCUGAUGUUGAAAGCUCAUACCAACAAGGAUACCACUCGUACUGAAUGUUUUUUCACCGUUUAAGAAAGCUUAUGAUCAAUGCAUGGUUCAAGGAGAUUUUAGUUGGUUAUUUUGCAUUGUUGAAUCCGUUGAAUUAGAGUUUGCAAUUUAGAGUAGGAUUUUGAUUCUGUUAUAGCUUUGAAAUGUUUCUUUUACCUAAUAAUGUACUUACACCAAGUAGCAGACCCAUGAUCAUGGACAAUAUCAUCAAGAAUCUUGCAAACUUUCAAACUUAAAAACUAUAAAUUUUA